AUGUAUCCACAGCAGCCCUUAAGCUAUGAUCCAAAGUUCGACGCCCUUACCUUGUACCAAUCGUUUUCUGAGGAACUGUUAAUCCUGUCGCAUGGACCCGUGCACCUGACUGUGCCCCAAAUCGAUAUCAGAACGCGAGGAGGUUCUACCCAGGUCGCCACCCCUCCGGCUAUUUGGUUCAAGAAAGAUCUCUCCAAUUAUACCUCAAGGGGAAAUACUGUCUGCGUGGCUCAGGAAGCCAAGCUGACGCGCUCAUAUCUGCCUGCUCCAUACAGCCCAUGUGUCCUCGAGACCGAGGCCGACGUUGUCCGUUCUUCUGCGCUGUGGCUACUCCACCCUGUCGUCAUAGCCUUGCAGAGCCAUCUCGCAGACCAAAAAGUUGGAUGCCAUGCGGAGGUGACCAUCGAUGACUGCCGGUGCGACGCUCUCAUCAAAAUCGACGGCGAGGUCGUGGCUGUGAUAGAGUACAAGAACAGGGCGCACAUCAAGCCUGCUGAGUUUGCCCGUGGCCGAAUCCGGGACUGUUCAGUCGCAAACCGCCUUGAGAUCAUCGAUUCCAUCGACCUCGUCACGAAGACGAAGACAGAAAGCCUUAUGGCGAACAACGCCAAGUGCCUGACGAAACAAGCAGCCGCCUACUCCUCGAAGUUUGGAACAAGAUACGUGGCGCUGUUCGACUGGGACAACCUCUUCCUGUGGCAUUUUGCUGGCAAAGAGUUCAGACUGAGGAGGGCGAGCAAGUUGCCUUACACAGCGCUGGACGGUCAUGCGAGAUGGGCUUACGGUACCCCAGUGGAAGGCAGGCAGAACUUUCGCAAGGCACUGCUGGGAUUCAUCAUGGAAGCGUACUCGCAUAAGGACGAACUGCCCCAACCACCUCCUUUUGAGCCGACCAGGGCCCAGAAGGAAAAGAGACGAGCGCAGUCGGAGGCGAAGAUGCUGGCCGAUAUGACUCCUCAACAACGGGCAUAUCGCGAUGCGUAUGGUCCGAGAUGA